GGAUGUUGUUAAAUCGCCUCUUUGCUCGUUGUACUUGUUUAUCCGCCUCCCAGGCAAUUUGUAGAAGCUUCAGUGCAAACGCCACACUUGUAAAAUCGCCGCAAACCCCUGUAAAAUUGAAAAAAGAGGAGAUUGAACUUGAAUUGUCCAAUGUAUUGAGGAAUGAAGAAAAUGCUCUGCAAAAUGUUCGGCCUUGGCAGCAAUUGGAACUUUUGCCUAGUCACAAUUUUAAACAUGUGGUUACUUCGGAAAAGGGGGUUUGUCUACAAAAGAAUUUUUUGUUUAAACGGAAAAAAUGGGACGAAAGACGUGCUUUAAUGGAUCCUGGAGUUAAACUUCUCCAUUAUCCCUACACUCCAUUAACUCCCCCUCCAGAAUAUUUGGACUCUUCCCAGUGGAACGAGGCGUUUACUUCCGCCAGAAUUUUUCUUCUUGGGACAAAACAUGAUACAAUUAAAAGUGUUAACGAUGUUUGUUUGUUUUUUAUUAACUUAUAGAGGUCACCUAUAGGGGUGUUUUUAAAUUCGGGUCGGCUUUGGACGGAACACUUGAAGCCCUAUAAUUUUUAAAUUUUGUGGCCGGAGUCAAAAAACUAAAAAAUAUUAAUAGUUUAUCGAGUACUUAGCCCCCUCCCCUGACAGUUUUUCUAAUUGAUGUACAUAAUGGUCAGUCGUUUUUUACUUGCAUAAUCCCGUGGCUUCAUUCAUUCAGGCACCCUUUCUUCAAUAAGACACGUUUUUUUGUAUGUGGUA